AUGGACUUGGAGAAUGGGGAUGGAGCUCGUCUGAUGUCUCGAAAAGACGACCUUCAGCAAGCCAGGAGGGAGGAGACGCAAAGUGUACGGGAGGGUCUCAUAAGCACUAUACAGCACAAGCUUGUCACAUAUGACGAUAUACUCGCCAAAGCCCGUGAUCUCAACGCCUUCCAACGGCCAUCAAACCGGGACUACCAUAGCUUUCGGACUUGGUUCUGGAACGUUAAACCGCUGAACUAUGAGCCUGAAGAAGACUUCAUCAAGCGUCGUGAGGACCUGGUCUCGCUGCGUCAUGGCCGCGAGUGGUCUGGGUUCGACGGAAUGAUUGAGACGUGCAUACGCAAGAAACUGUUCGCGACCAAGGAGCUCCGCGAGAAGACGGAUGAUAAAUGUCUCUACUACUAUUCGCAGUCUCGGAUUGAGAAGCUUGUUGGAUUGAUCAUCACGCUCAUAAUAUUUGUCCUCCUCGUACUUCCGGUUGUCGCCAUGUACAAGCUGACAUCGGUGGGUGAUCGUAACUCCACCUUCGAUGCCGUUGGGAUUCUGGUUGUGUUCACAUUGCUAUUCUCUGCUGCCAUGAGCUUGCUCACAAAAGCGAAGCGACAUGAGCUUUUUGCGGCCAGUGCCGCAUACUGCGCCGUCCUGGUCGUUUUUAUCAGCAAUUUCAGCAACGACGGAAGUCGUCAAAGUGGAUGA